AUGCCUUCACUUAAACGUGUUGGCAAUAGAAUUGUCGGAAAUCCCGAGCAGACAGUGACCACAAUCUCCACCGAGACCUAUUUGAAGGGCCUCGUGAAAGAUCCAAGGCAUGAGGCGGUGAAUUACUUAACCAGUCUUUUUCCAAUCCUUGGAUGGAUCUCGCGGUACAAUUUUGGAUGGCUUACUGGCGACCUUGUUGCUGGCCUUACCGUAGGAAUGGUGCUAGUGCCACAGGGAAUGUCAUAUGCACAACUUGCGACGCUUCCUCCACAGUACGGUCUGUAUUCAUCUUUUGUUGGUGUUCUUGUAUAUUGCUUCUUUGCGACUUCGAAAGAUGUCUCUAUCGGACCAGUGGCAGUUAUGUCGCAAACCAUAGCUCAAAUCAUCAUUUAUGUGGAUUCGAGGUACCCUGGUAAAUGGGAUGCCCCACAGAUAGCCACUACAGUGGCCUUUGUUUGUGGAUUUAUCGUACUCGGGAUUGGCCUCUUGCGCCUCGGUUGGCUUGUCGAGCUCAUACCCGCACCGGCAGUCAGCGGGUAUAUGACUGGAUCUGCGAUAAACAUAGUUGCAGGUCAGGUUCCUAGCCUUAUGGGUAUCACUGGGUUCAACACUCGAGCUGCCACGUACGAAGUUAUCAUCAAUACCCUCAAGGGACUUCCCAGUACGAAUCUAAAUGCUGCGUGGGGUCUCACAGGCCUUUUUGCGCUCUAUGCAAUUAGCAUCACUUGUAAACAAUUAUCCAAGCGGUACCCAAGGCGAGCCCGACUUUUGUUUUUCGUCUCAGUUACAAGAAAUGCUUUUGUGGUAAUAGUGUUGACCAUAGCUGCUUGGCUGUAUUGCCGACACCGUAAAACCCAUUCUGGUAAAUAUCCGAUUGCAAUCUUGCAAACUGUUCCUGCAGGGUUUCAAGACGUGGGCUCCCCUGUUAUCGACAGCGAGCUCGUCAAGGCCCUCGCGCCACAAUUUCCUGUGGCCACCAUAAUUCUCCUCCUUGAGCACAUCGCCAUUGCCAAAUCAUUUGGACGGGUCAACGGGUAUAAAAUCAACCCCAACCAAGAGCUCAUUGCCAUCGGCGUCACGAACACGCUCGGCACUUUAUUCCAUGCGUACCCCGCUACAGGAUCAUUCUCCCGUUCUGCCUUGAAGUCGCAGUCGGGCGUGCGGACUCCUUUGGCUGGUAUUUUCACUGCAAUGGUUGUCGUCGUUGCCCUCUAUGGCCUUACCGCAGCCUUUUACUGGAUCCCUAACGCUGGGCUUUCAGCAGUCAUUAUCCACGCGGUCGCUGGUCUUGUCGCGUCACCUUCCCAAGUAUACACUUACUGGCGCGUUUCCCCCCUUGAGUUUAUCAUUUGGUUGGCUGCAGUCCUGGUUACCGUUUUUUCGUCUAUCGAGGACGGCAUCUACACUUCCAUCGCGGCAUCGUUCGCAUUACUUCUGAUUCGCAUGGCACACCCCAGAGGAUAUUUCAUUGGGAAGGUUACCCUUACACAUAACUCAACGGAAUCACGAGAAGUCUUCGUCCCGUUGCGCAAGGAUGGCGUAACGAAUCAAUAUGUCAAAGUUGAUCCUCCCACUCCGGGUGUGGUCAUUUACCGCUUCGAAGAAAGCUACCUAUACCCCAAUUGCUCUAUUAUCAACUCCGCCAUUGUCGAUUACGUGAAGGAGAACAUGAGACGCGGGAUUGACUUCAGCACGAUACAGUUGGCCGAUCGCCCCUGGAACGAUCCUGGACCCACUCGUGGCAACUCUCAAGCUGCGGAGGCAGCCAACAAUGAAAGACCUGCUCUUCAUGCCAUUGUACUAGACUUCUCUGGAGUAUCUCAUAUCGACACCACGGCUGUCCAAGCUCUCGUAGACACGCGAAACGAGGUCCAGAAAUGGGCAAACCGUCCGAUAGAAUUUCAUUUUGCUACCAUCCUGUCACCCUGGAUCCGGCGUGCUCUCGUAGCUGCAGGUUUCGGCAUCGGCACCCCAGCGGUCGAGCACUCUAACGAAAUCGCACCUGUUGUACCCUACGGUGGCAGUCGCCGCGAGAAAUCGUGGGGUGAUAUACCCAGCUCAGGCUUCGAAGAUAUCGAGGCCCACAGCGAGUCUCUUCCUCCAACCUUGGGGACAGUGCCCAUUGUCCCCAUUGAAACCCCCUUCUUCCAUUUCGAUCUCACUAGUGCUGUCCGUGCCGCGGAGGCUGGUGUAGAGAAACCGGCCGAGAGAGCUGAAACUCCACCGGCGAAAUAUAUCUGA